AGAAACCCUUAAGAUUUAAACCUUUGCUUCCACCAGAUUCGUGUCGCCUCUUGAACACCGAAGCUCUGAAACCAAACCGUUAACCUUUGCACCACCUUCUAGGGUUCUUCGUCGUGAUUAUCUGAAUCUGCAAAGAUGUUCUCUGCUCAGAACAAGAUCCACAAGGACAAGGGUGUUGCACCAACUGAUUUCGAGCAAGAAGUUGCUCAGGCUUUCUUUGACUUGGAGAACACCAACCAGGAGUUGAAAAGUGACUUGAAAGAUCUCUACAUUAACCAAGCUGUUCAGAUGGAUUGUUCUGGCAACCGCAAGGCUAUUGUGAUCUACGUUCCCUUCAGAUUGAGGAAAGCCUUCCGCAAGAUCCAUCCUCGUCUUGUCAGAGAGCUCGAGAAGAAGUUCAGUGGCAAAGAUGUUAUCUUUGUUGCCACCAGGAGAAUCAUGCGUCCCCCAAAGAAAGGCUCAGCUGUUCAGAGACCACGCAACAGGACUCUCACCUCCGUCCAUGAAGCCAUGCUUGAGGAUGUCGCUUACCCUGCUGAGAUUGUUGGAAAGCGUACCAGAUACCGUGUUGAUGGUACCAAGAUCAUGAAGGUGUUUUUGGAGCCUAAGGAGAGGAACAACACUGAGUACAAGCUUGAGACAAUGGUCGGUGUGUACAGGAAACUUACAGGGAGAGAUGUUGUUUUCGAGUAUCCAGUCCAAGAACUUUGAAGAGAUGAAUGUUCGUUUGAUUCUUUGUUUUUUUGUCUGCUAGGGAGCUUUUGAUUCUGUUUUGUUUCUGUGUACAAGUUACUUCAGUCUUCCUCAAAAUCCUAUUUAACAAAACAUUUAUUCA